AUGUUUACCAUGAGGUCAUCAUCGCCAAGGGCGGCGCAGGUCGUCAGAAGGAUGGUAGCCCUCUUGCUAUGCGGCAUGUUUGCGACUUCAAUCGCGGCCCCUCCCGCGUCACCCGGCUAUGGAGGCAUCCAGCUCAAGCUCGUGGGCGCUCCCAGCUACCCGCCGCCGCCGCCGCCGUCGCCGCCGUCGCCUCCUCAGGCCUCUUCUGCUGUAGCUCCGCCGCUCGCACUUAUCCCGGCAGCGAUUCUAUCCCCACUAUCUUCACCUCCGCCCGUUUACCCCGGAUCUCAACCCGAGAUCCUUGCUGCGCCACCCUCGCCCAAGGCGCAACUCCUUGGCAGCUCGCCACCAUUUUUCCUGGAUGCAUCGACGCUGCAACGCCCUCCAAGCUUGGCCCUUCCCCCUUCGCAGCCAUCCGUCGGCAGCAACAGUUCCCCUCCGGGUUACGAUGGCUCGAGUGUUCCCCCAACUAGUAACCUCAUCAGGAAUGUAACCAACGCCACCGUUGUCCUCAGAAGCCAGACUUCCUCGGGCGCCCGGGUAGCCGCCGCACCCACGAUCGCCGUCCUCGUGUGCGUCCUCCUCGGCCUCAUCGCGACGAGUCAAGCAGCCUACGCCUUGUAA